AGAGCACCGACGGCGGCCGUCGCAAUCGGGAGUGGUUUAGGACCCGGGGGCGGCUUCCCUGCGCGAGUGUGGCACGCAGAAGUUGAGGCUGCGGGGCCGCGGGCAGUGGCAGUCAGGCCUCCCGGCUCUGUGCCACUUGCGGCCCGGCUCUCCUCCGCACCCCCACUCGCGCUGCGAUGACGCGCUCAUUGUUCAAGGGAAACUUUUGGAGUGCAGACAUCCUCAGCACCAUCGGCUAUGACAGCAUUAUCCAACAUCUGAACAAUGGUCGCAAGAACUGCAAAGAGUUUGAAGAGUUUCUAAAAGAAAGGGCAGCAAUUGAAGAGAGAUAUGGCAAAGAUCUGCUCAGCCUCUCUAGGAAGAAGCCGUGUGGACAGUCUGAAACUAACACCCUGAAGCGGGCCCUUGAAGUCUUCAAGCAGCAAAUAGACAAUGUGGCACAGUGUCACAUUCAGCUUGCACAGAGUUUAAGAGAAGAGGCCAGGAAGAUGGAGGAAUUCAGGGAAAAGCAAAAACUACAACGAAAAAAGACAGAGCUUGUAAUGGAUGCUAUCCAUAAACAAAAGAGCUUACAAUUCAAGAAAACCAUGGAUGCAAAGAAGAACUAUGAGCAGAAAUGCCGGGACAAAGAUGAGGCAGAACAGGCCGUCAGCCGAAAUGCCAACCUGGUGAACCCGAAGCAACAAGAAAAGCUUUUUGUGAAACUGGCAACUUCAAAGACCGCAGUAGAGGACUCGGACAAAGCAUACAUGCUGCACAUCAGCACCCUGGAUAAGGUCCGAGAAGAGUGGCAGAGUGAGCACAUCAAGGCCUGCGAGGCAUUUGAGGCUCAAGAAUGUGAACGAAUAAACUUCUUCCGGAAUGCAUUGUGGUUACAUGUGAAUCAGCUGUCACAACAAUGUGUCACCAGUGAUGAAAUGUACGAACAAGUCCGAAAGAGUUUAGAAAUGUGCAGCAUUCAGAAGGACAUUGAAUACUUUGUGAAUCAACGCAAAACUGGACAGAUUCCACCAGCACCCAUCAUGUAUGAGAAUUUCUACUCCUCCCAGAAGAAUGCAGUCCCACCAGGAAAGACUACAGGGCCUAACUUGGCAAGGAGAGGACCCCUCCCAAUUCCUAAAAGUUCACCAGAUGAUCCUGAUUACUCUUUGGUUAAUGACUACAGUUUGCUCUAUCAGUAAAAUCAAUGAAACCAGAACUUUUUCCGGCUAGUGCUUCUAUGACAUGGAAAGGGCACCCAGAGCAGCAGGACCUAUAGCCAUGUUAUGUCAGUCAUGAAGACUUUGAAGUGAACCCUCGCUAUAAUUUUUCAGAGAUUUAAAAUUUAUGGUAGACAUUUAGGACAACAUAAGCAAGUAGAGUUCUGCAGUUUUUUGAAGUUUACAAAUUGCCCCAUUCUGAAGAAUUGUUCUUUCCCAGUUACUCAGGUUGUGAAUGAAUUAGGUUUUCAACAUGGGAAGCAUGAAAUCCACUUCUGGAUUUGGAGCGUCCACUUGAGGAGCCGAGGUGGCAGCAGAGGAUUCUGAGCCACCAGAUGCAGUAGUGGCUCCUUUGGCUUUGGGCAGCCUGGCUGUGGAGUUUCCAUGGCGACACACAGCCUCAGUGGUGCAAGAUUUAAAAUUACCUUCCUUUUUGGCUGGAAGACUUAGAAGCCACCUGAUCAUACUUUCUCAUUUUACAGAUGAGGAAACAAAGCCUGCAAGUGUGAAAUUAAUUUCCUUACAGUUUUCCUAGCUGAUUAGGGACAGAACCACAACUACAGCCCGAGCCCAACCCACAUCACUAUUCUUCUAACCCUUCCUGAAGUUGUGAUGCUCAUGCUGAAAUUUAAGAUGCCAAAUAUUUUUGCCAGCACUUUCUCAAUUGGGAAAAUCACCAGGGUUUAAAUUUCAGAUUUAUUUUUAUGUGGAUCCCUGUGUAUACUGAACUACAGAGCAUGAUGUUUAAUCUAAUUUAAGGAGCCACUGAUUGUAAAACAUGCCAUUAUUUUAUGUUGCACUAAGAAGGUGGGGUCGAGGAGUUGCCAAUAAACUUGGGACAGACCAUUGAUGGCCAAGCCCAUUUGAAUUUAAGAUGCUAAAGUAUGAAAAAAAUACAUUCUAGAAUCAAUGAAAUACCAUAUUUUGAUUCCAUUCCUCAAGAUAAUUUUAGAGUUACAAAACCAGUCCUCAAUUUUGGGUCUUCACAGAGAACCUUUCCCUUGCUAGACCCCAGAAUUUUAAAUGCAUCCAUCUUACACUUUCACAAAUAUUUGGGUUUUCCUUUUUCACUCACAAACAGCAGGGAGGUCAUGUACUUUUUGUACAACAUCUGUGCACUGUGAGAAAAUGGUACCUUUUAGUUAUUGACAAGUUAAAAUAGCACUCUCAGUUUUUCAGUAUUACAGAGAGCAAAUAGUUUCCUCUCUUGCUCUGUGCAGUAGCUUUUCCAGAACUAUGGACAAAUUGAUUGGAAGAAGAUUGAUUAUUUCCUCAUCUUUUCUUUUCUUUUUUUUUUUUGAGACAGAGUCUCGCUCUGUCCCCCAGGCUGGAGUGCAGUGGCAUGAUCUCAGCUCACUGCAACCUCUGCCUCCUGGGUUCAAGUGAUUCUCCUGCCUCAGCCUUCCAAGUAGCUGGGAUUACAGGCAUCCGCCACCACACCUGGCUAAUUUUUUGUAUUUUUAGUAGAGAUGGGAUUUCACCAUAUUUGCCAGGUUGGUCUUGAACUCCUGACCUCAGGUGAUCCACCUGCCUUGGCCUUCCAAAGUGCUGGGAUUACAGGCGUGAGCCACUGCGCCUGGCCUAUUUCCCCACCUUUCAUGUAAGGUGCUACUGAACAUGACAGCUUCUUGUCAUGACAGGAAACUUGCAUCAGUUGGAUAUCCUUUUGAGAAACUGAAUUUUGCAAAGGGCCAAAUUUCCCCAACUGAAUGGGCUCAGGAAAUGUUCCUUUACACUCAGAACAUUCUAUUUUUAAGUAUAUUAUUUAUUGUUGGCAGUUCCUCAGGGAUUUCCCUUUUCUCUGUAUUGGUCAGUGCAGUUGAUGUAAAACCGUUUUGUGGAUGGAAAAUAUUUUUAUUUUAUUGCUCUUUUAGUUUGGUAGGUUAAAUAAAGGUUCUUGGUAAUUUGGGA